CAUCAACAUCACACUCACCAUCACCACCAUAGUCGCCCACCCUGGCUCAAGUAACAACGUAGAGUUAGUGCAGAUUCUUUCCAUGGUGGAAUUAUCAUGUUUCUCUUUAUGCCCAGCAUGCCCGCCAUGCGCGCAGGAUCGACGGGCAAAACAGUCGACCCGUCGUGCUUCCUGGUCAUCAGCGUCGUUUUCAGGAGAGUCAAAUUCACCGUGGAAUGUUCGAACGGUUGCGAAGAUGCAUGUCUUCCGUUUCUGUAAAAACACGGACGGAGGACAUACGUGGGAUGUUUUUCUCUUGCAGAGAUUUUCCUGCUGUUUCGGGCACUGCGCGCCACGGCCACACGCUGUUCCUGACCGACUCGCACGGCGGGGAGCACAGGAUGGCGAUUGAGGUUGACAUCUCAUGGGGAUGGAAGAGCCAGGCCGUUCAAGGACAUGGCGCAUCUACUUCGCCAGAACGCGGCGAAAGAGUUUCAUUUGAAAGCGGACGAAAGCACCUCCAAAGGAAGAAAGCCAGGACAUCCCCGACCAAAGCCGAGGAUAGAUUGGGAGAUGGGGGCGGUAAGGGGGGGAGGGUCUUCGACCUGGAGGAGAAGAUAGAUGCGCUCGCCAGGUUCCAUGCGGGGUCGUUCACGCCCAAGCCCCCGAACGAGCUGCCCCCACAUGGAUCGUUUAUCAGCAGCGGCACGCCAGCGACUUGACGAAGCUGACAUCCAUGUCUUGUUCUCUUUUGAGGGAAGCACGUCCCCAGUUGCAUAUUCAGAAGGUGCGAGCAGGAUUCGGGCUUCAUUGUGGCCGAGAUGCACCCGCAACCAUCUGUGUUACCGACGCGUUUUCUUAUGGCAACGCAUGUAACUGCUCGAAAGAGUGCGUCCUUGUUCUUGCUUGUGCACUGGGCUACGUCGUGGAUUUUUCUGCCGGACCAGCUGGACAGAGGAAAACGCAAUGGCGUAUGAGGAUUUGCAGUAUCUCGUUUGCAGCAACCUGAAGGCGCAUCGAGAAAACUCGGAUAUCAAUCCCUGGGAUGAGUUUCCUUCUGUUGCAGUUCUACUCCUGGGCCGGCAUCGUUGCUAGAAGUGGAGAAAUAUGAGAAAACGCGCCUGGUGGAGAACUUACCCAAGGAGAGGGAUGUCGACUGCCGGGAGAAGGUGGACGAAUGGUUCGAUACACGGCCGCAGUGUCACGGCUGACAUAUCAAGAUCUGGAGGUGGGAACGACGAUUAAUCCUCUACAUAUGUUUGGGGUACAUAUUGGAGAAUGAGAGCGCGAAGCCGUGAGAGCGGGGAACGAGGCUUUGAUGAUUGCGCGUCUCGUUGUCAUGUGUGGUUCCCCCGCUUUAGCAAAGAGCUAUACACUCUUGCUCCAAUUGCUGCCACCUGGAGCUUUAGGACUGUAGACCCCUCACCCGCAACAUCACCAGCAUCAGCAGACUGAUGUUCGCUUGCCUUGGUUACCGCCACAUUCGCCAGCCGUUGCGACAAGAAGGAUGGGAAAAGGAGAAGGAUCUCCUGGACCCCCCCGCCCUCGCCAAAGUUUUAAGGUGCGCGCCGUGUGCGCAUCGCCCAGAUUGCUUGGCAAUAGGUAGAAAGUCUCGUCGUUGAAGCGGUGUUGGUUCUUCUCUGCAGGAGGUGCCUCUCUGAAAUAUGCGACCGCUCUCGAUGCUCACAACUCCCUUGACACAUUUGCUCUUUUGUUCCACUGGUGAGGCUGUUUUAUGAUUCAGCGCGUGGACCAUGUACCGACAGCUGUGGCGAUUGCUUGCGUGCGGCCGCAAGUGAUACGUGAAAGUAUCGUCGUAGACCGAUCUGGA